AUGUCCUUCUCAGUCCAUAACCGGAAGACCAGCAAAAAACCUUAUCCAUUGGAACCUCUUCUGUUGCCACAAGUUCCCCGUAGCAAUUACUUGCACUUUCAAGAGGAGAAACAAAGACUACAGCUAAAGAAAUUCCUCCUUAAUAGGAUGUUUCUAGUAGCCAGAAUAGAAGUAAAUGUGGAAAGAAAAGAAAUUGUUGAAUACUAUGAAGAAGUGUUUCACACAAUUUCGAAACAACACCUAGGAGAAGCAGUGACAGGAUUAUUGCUUAUAUACCCCACUUCCCUGCUGCUUAUCCUUGAGUCGUCCAGUGGUACGCUUUACCGAAUUAUUUCAGAUUAUAUUGGUCAUAAAAAAAAUGAAAUAGAAUAUUUUAUCCAAGAAAUGAAAAUUGUAGUCAUUUCCCAUAACAUCCCAACAAGGUUUUUUAUGCAAUGGCAUGUUUCAGUAAUAAAAGUUCCAGUUAUGUAUCUCGAUGAUGUGACACAAUCACAGUCCCUAAAAGAGGUCAUCACAGAGUUUCUCACCCAAACUCAUAAACUGUCACUCCACCUUUGUAAGACUGCUAAAGUGGGCACUAAAGGACCAGGCAAUAACUUGCACCAAUCUGUGCCUGAUCUACUCCUUUCAGAACAAAUCAUAAAGUACUUGUGCAAAUCAGAAGAACUCAUGGACCCAGCAACAUUCAUAAACAUGUACGACAGACCUAUAGAUGUCACUUUGGACUCUGAGGUGGUAUGGCCUGCUCCUUCCUGUUUCUAGGGAUGAGAUGUGAAUUGCUCACAUCUCUUAAGGAAUUUAUGCUAAUUAAAUAAAAGGAAAAUAUUU